AGAAAGUGACUGAAGCUAUAGGAACGAGAAGGUGAAUUCAUAAAAGCCAGAGCAUAAUGUGGCUGACCCUCCUUGUGUAUCAGCUUGUCCUGAUUCUCCAGUCUGAAGCUCAGAAUGCCUGCCUCACCCACCCAACAUUCAGAGAGCCAGCAAAGGAUCCCAAGACCACCCAGCAAUUUGAGGAACAACUCUGAUAUCACAGUCGUGUGUGGCACAAACAGGAUGGAUCUGCAAAUUUUGCUGUGUCCCAUCUACUUCAGUGGAUAUAAUGAAUUCACAAUGGCCCUUAAUGGUUUGUUCUCCAAGCCCGAGUGCAAAGGAACGGCUGACUGGAUCACCAGUCCACCUGUCCUGAAAUUCCAAUUCUACAUCACUGAAACGUCCAUAUCCGCCUGCUCCAACAAGUUGAAGAUCACUCAGGAGGUGGGAUCAGGGCUGUUCUCAGAUUUCUCUAGCGUGCAGUCUGUGAACAUCUCUGGGGUGGUCAGCUCUCUGGACCCAAAUGCUGGAACCAUCACCUACCGGCAGGAGAUGAUGUACCUCUUUUCCUGUAGAUACCCACUGCAAUACUUGGUGAACAACACAGAGAUGAGUGUAUCUGGAGUGAAUCUGGCAAUUAAAGACAAUAAUGGUAGUUUUAUCAGCACUCUCAGCAUGCAGCUAUUCGAGGACAUCACAUAUACAACUCGUCUCUUUGUACCUCCGACCGGUCUCAUGCUGAAGACCAGGAUUUUUGUGGAAGUCCGAGCCACUAAUCUCACACAAAGGUUCAAUGUUCUGUUGGAUCGAUGCUAUGCAACCACUAGCCCUUACCCAGUCAGCAGCACAUCCUUUGACCUGUUUGUUGGAUGCACUCAAGAUCCACAAACCGUAAUGGGUGUGAAUGGAGAACAACAGGUGGCACGCUUCUCGUUUGAGGCUUUUCGCUUCAUAGAGCAUAAGAACAGGACAGUGUCGACAUUUUACAUUCACUGUGCUACCAGACUCUGCGAGACCUCUUUCUGUAGAUCCUUACACCAGAAUUGCACAAGUUCUGUGAGGAGGAGGAGAGAUGUCCAAUCGGCUCAAGGAACCUCAGUGAGUGAUGUUGCCACGGUCACCUCUGGACCAAUUUUCACAAAAGUGGACAGUGGAAAACCAACUGCACCUGUUUCUGCAGUGUAUCAGGAUCUGAAACAGGAAGAGGCAGUGGUGGGUGUUUCCGUGGCAGCAGGGGUAUUUGGUCUGUUGUGCAUGGUCAUGCUAGCUGUGCUUGUCUACAGGAUCCACUGGGAGAAGUCCAGUAAAAACAAAGCAUUCCUAUUCCACUAAUGUCUCUCAGAAACAGAUAUACAAUUCCAGACAGUUUGCUAGCAUGUUGUGAGAGCUUUUCUCAUAAUAGAGAGGAUAUUGAAACCCGGUGGCCCCUAAAAAAAAUCUAGACAGCUUUACCUAGAGUUAACAAAAACAACAAAAAUGGCUAAUUGAAGCAACACGAAGGCUUGAUGUCUGUUUGAAGAGUUGAGGGUUUAGAGAGCAUGAAUGAGACCUGUAGACAAUGACAAUAAGAUGAAACCAAAAGAGAUUUUAAAAUAUUUCUUUUCGUUCAUCUCAUAUAAUCAUGCACAAAGCAGACCUUUUAGAAAUAAAUCUGUACCUUUCAAUAAAAAAAAUAAAAAAAAUUUGUCUAUUUUUGGCAUGCAAAGGUUCAUUAUUUUACUACAUUUUUGAAUAUUAUGAAUACAUAUUAAUGCAAAUAAUGGUGGAUUUCUUCUGCAUUUUGGGUUUUCUAUACAAUGUUCUUGUUAAACAAUGUUUUGCAUUUUUGUUGUAGUUUAAGGCACUGGCUCAGUUAACUCAGAUUUGUACUUAUUACAGAAUUAUGUACCUCAUUAACAAUUAAAGUACCUAUUUGUGGAAUUCCACUAAAUUUGAUGGUUUACAUAAUCCUUAUAAAUAAAUGGGAGGACACCUAGUGCUAACUAGUGCGAAAGCUGUUUCAUUGAUGUAAAGGCACAUUCAUUCAAGCAAAAGAGCAAUGAACAGAUUACACAAUGUGCAGAGAAGUUUUUUUUUUUUUUUUUUUUGGUAAAAAAACAGGGACUUUAUUAACAGUUUAGAAACAAUCUUCUCCCUUUUCCACAUAUCACACACUGUUCUCUCCACACAGACUGGCAAACGGAAUACAAUGAAAACAUGUACAUUGCAGAG